CAAGAACUCUCUGCAAAAACGCACUAACCAAAUUUCCAGAAUUCAUCGUCAAGAAUGCAUUUUUCUUUGCAAAAACUCUUAACAGUCACUCUGUUUCUCAUCUUAACCAUCAAUUCACCUUCCCUUUCAUCUCCUUUCUUCCCUCUUAACAAUGUAACUCUUUACGGUGACGCUUCUUUCACCACCAACUCCAUUUAUCUCACUCAACAACGCAACUGUUCAUCAAAUUCACCUUCCAUUUCUGCCAUUGGUAGAGCUUUUUAUGUUUACCCAAUUCGUUUUCUUGAUUCUUUAACAAAUAACACUGCUUCUUUCUUAUGCACUUUCUCUUUUACUAUUCUCCCUACUACCCCUUCUUGCCCUUUUGGUGAUGGCUUUGCCUUUUUGAUCACUUCUGAUGUUGAUUCUUUGACCAACUCUAAUGGUUACAUGGGUCUUCCAAAGCAAGAUUCUGACAUGGGAGAUUCAUUCUUGGCCGUGGAAUUUGAUACAAACGAUAAUCAUAUUGGUAUUGGUGUUAAAGAAGUUAAGUUUUUGGCUUCUGCUGAUGUUGAUUUGAAAAGUGGGAAAGAAUUGACGGCUUGGAUUGAGUAUAAAGAUUCUGAAAAAAUGAUGAGAGUUUGGAUUGGUUAUGAAAUGCAAAUUAGGCCUUUUAAUCCUGUUCUCGCUACUAAAAUUGACAUUUCCAAUCAGUUGAAGGAGUUUAUGAGAAUUGGUUUCACUGCAAAAGGCUCUGCAGUUUACAGCAUUUAUCGUUGGCGAUUCAGAACGUUCGGAUUGCUUUCGUCUCAAACGUCUUGGGAUCAUCAAUCCGAUGAAGGAGAUUGCUUGAUGUGUUUUCCUGAGGAAAUUGGUGAGCAUUUUUCUGCCCCACAUCAUAGUAAAAGUUUACUGAAAUUGAUUUUUGUAUAUGGUGGCUUAGCUGCAGUUGUUACACUUGUUGUUGGUAUUCUGGCUAUUGUGUCUGUUUUUGUGUUAAGGAGAAAAAAAAGGGAUGGUAGUAGAGGGGAAAAUGAAGGCCAAGUGUGUAGAUUACAAGGAAAUAGAGUGCCUCAAAGAUUGUCAUUAUCUGAAAUAAAAUCAGCCACAGAAGGAUUUAAUAAUGAAAGGAUAAUUGGUGAAGGAGGAUCUGCUGUUGUAUAUGAAGGAGAUAUUCCUUCUAAAGGAGUUGUUGCUAUUAAGAGAUUUGUUCAAGGGACUAGAUUAGGUCCUUCACAUAUUCCAUUUAAUACUGAAUUUGCUUCUAUGGUUGGCUGCUUAAGACACAAGAAUUUGAUUCAGCUCCAAGGAUGGUGUUGUGAGAGGAAUGAGUUGGUUUUAGUUUAUGAAUUCAUGCCUAAUGGUAGCCUUAACAAAAUCCUACACGAACACUCGCAUUUUGCUAAGUUUCUGACGUGGGAGCGAAGGCUGAAUAUAGUUCUUGGCGUCGCGUCUGCUCUGGUGUAUUUGCAUGAAGAAUGUGAGAAUCAGAUAAUUCAUAGAGAUGUGAAGACUUGUAAUAUAAUGCUUGAUGCUGAGUUCAAUGCUAAGCUUGGGGAUUUCGGUUUAGCUGAAGUGUUUGAUAAUUCUAGGACAAGGGAUGCUACUGUACCAGCUGGAACAAUGGGAUAUUUAGCUCCUGAAUACGUCUUUUCUGGCGUUCCAACUGUUAAAACGGAUGUGUAUAGCUUUGGUGUUGUGGUACUAGAAGUAGCAUCGGGGAGAAAGCCUAUCGAUGAAUGUGGGGGUUUGAUUACUGAUUGGGUGUGGGAUUUGUGGGAAAAGGGGAGGAUAACUGAGGCUGCUGAUCCGAAACUGAAGGGACGAUUUCAGAAGAACGAGAUGGAUAGGGUGCUCGUCGUGGGACUUUCUUGUGUGCACCCUAAUCAGGAGAAGAGGCCGAGAAUGAGGGAAGUUGCCCGUAUGCUUAAAGAUGAAGCUCCACUGCCCAUCUUACCUCCAAAGAAACCAACUGUGAGAAUUCAAUCUGUUUUACCAGAGGGAUGUGAAGAAAUCAUGAAUUGUGCUGGAAAAAUGGAGGAUAGCCCAUGGGCAACUCCAACAACUCAUUUUAGCAGGAACUAGUUUUCUGAAUACUUGCUACAUUGAAUUACAAUAGUUGAAUUGUACUUAUCUUUGCAAC